AUUGGGUUGUGGAGCCAGCCUUCUCCAAAUCAGUGGUGUAGCAUUGUCCUAUGACCGCUCAGGUACAUAGGUGUGGGCGUGUCCUCUGACAAACCAUUGGAUGGGUCUAUGAAUAGCCCUGAAAGUGUUCUGACGGCCAAACAAGACUGCGCUGUAAACUGUCAUGUCAUUUGUGUCUGUGUGUGACCACAAGGUUAUACAUUUUUUUUUAGGGGUGUUUGGUGGGAGGGGACAGUUCUCAAUUAAGCUUAUUAUUGGGUCCUCUCGCUCUGAAAUAUGCAACUACUAAUAUACAGGUAUCCCCUGCUCUGUCUGAGCGUGUGCGGGUCUUUGAGUCUCUCAGAGAGAGGCAGGGACAGCAGAGGACAAGCGGUGCCACGAAACAGGCCUUCAGCGUCCGAUUGGCUGAUGGCAGGACAGUGAAUGGCACCACAGUGCAGUGUGAAAGGUGCUCUGGUGUGCAGGGUGAAUGGAGAGCUGUGGGAGCUGCUUCGCCCCCUGGAGGCUGACUGUGAACUACAGCUACUAGGCUUCGACACCACAGAGGGCAAACAGGCGGUGUGGAGGACAGGAGCGUGUGUUGUGGGGUGGGUGUUAGAGAGGGUGUUUGGGGUGAAUGUGUGCAGAGAGGGCGUGUCAGAGUCCAGCCUCUACUGUGACCACCUCCUGGAGAACAAUGCCCUGUCCCUAGCUGAGCUAGAGGAGAGAUGUAAGGAGGCCGCUGGCCAGAAGCUUCCUCUCUCCAGACUGGAGCUGAACAGGCAGGAAGUUACAGAGCUCUUCCAGGACAAUGCUCUGAGACUCCAGUUGAUUGAAGAACAGAUGAGUGGUCCUACUGUCACAGUCUACAGGUGUGGAGACAGCAUAGGAGUCUGCAAUGGUCCUCUCCUCCCUCACACUGGUCUCCUCAAGGUCUUCAAGAUGCUGCAGGUGUCUCCCGUAACGUUGACCAAUCCUGUUGGCACAUCAGGUGUGAUGCGUGUGAUGGGUGUGGCCUUCCUAGGAGAGAGGGAGAGGGAGGAGUGGGAGAGGGAACAGGAGGAGACACGGAAGAGAGACCACAGACGCAUCGGCAAGGACCAGGAGCUGUUCUUCUUUAAUGACGUCAGUCCUGGAAGCUGCUUCUUCCUGCCUAAAGGAGCUCACAUCUACAACACACUCGCUGACUUUAUCAAGACUGAGUACAGGAGGCGUGGCUUCCAUGAGGUUGUGACCCCUACUCUAUACAGCACUGCACUGUGGGAGCGUUCGGGUCACUGGGAACACUACAGUGAAAACAUGUUUACUGUGACUGGUGACACACACACCUAUGCACUCAAACCCAUGAACUGCCCUGCACACUGUCUGAUGUUUGAGCAGCGUGUAAGGUCAUGGAGGGAGCUCCCGUUGCGUUGGGCCGAUUUCGGGGCACUGCAUCGGAACGAGCUGUCUGGCGCUCUGGGUGGUCUCACCCGGGUCCGCAGGUUCUGCCAGGACGACGCACACAUCUUCUGCACUCCUGAGCAGUUGGAGGAGGAGAUCAUAGCGUGUUUGGACUUUGUGAGGAGUGUGUAUCGAGUUUUUGGAUUCUCCUUCCACUGUCUCCUCUCCACCCGACCUACACCCUGCCUGGGGGAGCCUGCACUGUGGGAUCACGCUGAGCAGCAGUUGGAGAGGAGUCUGCAGCAGUUUGGGGAGCGCUGGCAGCUCAACCCAGGAGAUGGAGCGUUCUACGGGCCAAAGAUUGACAUCCAGAUCAAGGACGCCAUUGGUCGACAGCACCAGUGUGCCACCAUCCAAUUGGACUUCCAGCUACCAAUCAGAUUUGACCUGCAGUAUGUGGGGGGGGAUGGAGAGACCCACAGACCAGUGAUGGUUCACAGAGCUGUUCUGGGAUCACUGGAACGCAUGAUCGCUAUAUUGGCUGAGAAUUUUGGGGGGAAAUGGCCUCUGUGGUUGUCUCCAGCGCAGGUCAUCAUUAUUCCUGUAGGGGGAGGUAGUGAGUCGUAUGCGCAACAGGUGGUCCUACAGUUCCGCGAGGCCGGCUUCAUGGCUGACGUGGAUGAUGACCAGGGUGCCACCUUAAAUAAGAAGAUCCGCUCUGCACAGCUGGCCCAGUACAACUACAUAUUUGUGGUAGGUGAGAAGGAGUGUGUGAGUGGCACGGUGAGUGUAAGGACCAGAGGGGGGAAGCAGCUAGGGAGGAGACCGACAGAGGAGGUCCUGGCAUCACUCACACACCUACGAGACACACGGAGCAACCAGGAUGACUUCUAACACACACACACACCUGUUGUGGAUGAAGAAUUGCUCACUGUACUUUUGUAAUAAAAUAUAAUAACUUAAAUUAUAAAA